AGGCCACAGGUUAUCGGGCCUCCCUCCGCAGUGGACAGGGAAAUGGAAUAUAUCCAGCAGUCUCUCCCGAAACCUGCACACCCUGGCACCAGCGAGCUCAAUGGCUUGAACCUCAACAUCACGAUCCCCGAAACUAUGCUGAAUUCGCCACAUGCCAAGAAACUUCCUGUGUUUGUCUUCAUCCACGGAGGCGGCUUUGCAAUUGGAGCAAAUUGGUGGCCUCAGUAUGAUACUGCCGCCCUCGUCAAGCUGUCAGUGCAAGAGGGCACUCCCAUCGUGGCGGUGAACAUCAACUACAGGACCGGCUGCCCAGGAUUCCUCACCACACCGGAGCUCAGGGAGAAGGGAUACAAGGCCAACAACGGGCUCAGAGAUCAACGUGCUGCUCUGCACUGGGUUCAGCGGUACAUAUCCGGAUUUGGCGGUGAUGCGGAGAACGUUACAGUUGGUGGCCAGAGUGCGGGCGGAGUCUCUACGGGCCUUCUGCUCUUCUCGGAAGAAGCAUUGGCCAAGCGUCUGCUAUUCUUAGGUGGGUGUCCCCCGCUGGUAGGAAGUCUGCCCAUGUCAUCGGCGGACGAGAUUGGUGGUGCCUUUAUGCGUAUUCUCGGUGUAGACGGACCCGACGCUGUUGGGGGUCUGCUCCGGGUUGCUCCCGAUGAGUUAUGGCAGAAGCUCCCUCCAAUGCUUCCAAUGGCACCUGUGAUUGACGGCGACAUUGUGCCACACGCAUCGACCUUUCAGACAUUGACGAGCAAGCUCGCGAAAAGUCCCUGGUGUGACGCUGUCAUGCUGGGACAGUCCGAACUUGAUUCCAGCAUCUUCGCCCAUAUGAUAACUCCGAAAGGCACAAAAGACAUAGGUCUUGCUUUUCGCAAAAGCGCUGCGAAAACCUUGGGUCAUUAUCCCGCCUCAGUCGUGGAAGGGCUGUUAGAGCAUUAUGGGCUUUCCGAACCGUGCUCAUUGGACGACGAUGCACAAUUGAAGUCGAUUUUGCACUUCGCAAACGACAUAUGCUUCUUUGCGCCCUCUAUUGAGCUUGCUGCGCACUUUGCGGGCACGUCUUAUGUGUUCUGCUUCAACGAACCCAACCCGUGGCCCGGGGACUUCCAGGGCUAUGCAAGCCAUAUCCUGGACGCGGCCUUCCUCUUCCAGAACUACAACGCAUGUCUCGAUGAAGGACAGAGAGCAAAUGCAGUACGACUGGCUACGGAUGUCAUCGCUUUCGUGAACGGCAAGGCACCGUGGAAUGCAUUCAACGAGGGACAGCAUGGCACGGCAGUCUAUGCAAACGGACAGAGAACCUUCACCAGCGAGCCGCCUACGCCAGAGACCAUCAAACGGGACCCCUUCAUCUUCAUCUUGUCCCAACGAAAAGACAUAAACCUGACCUUGGAUGAUUUGAUGAAGGUAUUCACAGACUUUCUCUCUAGCUAG